AUGCGACAACAACCACCUCAUGUAGGGUGGGUGAAAUGUAAUGUCGAAGCCAGAUUUAAUAACCAAAGGGGAAAAACCAACAAAGGAUGGUGCUAUAGAGAUUGUAACGGAAGAUUCAUCAGUGCUGGAAUAGCUUGGGAUUUUGGACUUUAUUUUGUCAUGAAGGCUGAAGCAUUGGCCUUGAAAGAAGUUUUACAUGCAGCCACUCAGAUGCAAAUGGAUCAUAUUAUCUUUGAGAGUGACUCACAAUUGGUGGUUCAAGCAAUUCAUGCAAAUUAUGGUGGCAAUUCAUAUUUUAGUGUGAUUAUCUCUAGUAUUAAGAAUUUAUUAGCUUUUCAUUCUAACUACGAGGUGAAGUUUGUUAAGCGCCAAACGAAUUCAGUUGCUCACUUGUUAGCUAAAUCGGCCAAUUCUUGGACUAGGCACAAUGUUCUUCAUUUAAUUCCUCUUUGUAUUGAACAACAAUUUACUAAUGAUAUGAUUUGA